AUGAAGUAUUAUGUGAAUGUAACGGCGUACUACGUACUCUUGGGCAACAGUAGGUUCCACUAUAGCGAAAAACACGUGCUGUGGAAUCCAUCUACUCGGAGGGAGAUGUACAUCGAAUGCCCUUACGCGUAUAACGAAGCUUAUAAACUGAAUUACGGGAUUUGUUACGACCGGUUAACGGAUGAUUUCAAGGUUGUUUUGGUUAUCGACGAUCGUUACGCGAUUUAUUCGUGUAAGAACAAUUCUUGGUCGGAAAAGAAAUUAGGAAUCAAAUACUAUGGAUUUUUUACAGGAAUCUUCGUUGAUGGAGCUACCUAUUGGGUUUUAAGGGACGACAAACACACUAUUCAAAUAGUGUAUUUCGAUCCGAGAACUGACGAGCUCAAGGGUUUGCAGAAACCCGAACAACUGAAUAGUGAUUGUAAUAGUGGCCUUACUAUUAGUGUGGCAUGUUUGAGAGAGAACAUGUGUUUGUACAGCGUCAGCGGAGAAGGUGACGAUGAUAUGUUAAGAUUUCGAAUCUGGAGAAAGGAAAAGGGCAUCGGUGCCGGGGGAAACCCUAAUUGGGAGGAGUUGUUAACUUUCGAAAUUAGGAAGCCUCGGGAUUGGUGGCUAGGAGUGCUUUGUUUCGUCGAAAACAAGAUUUUAAUUCGGUUGGAUGAGAAAACAUUCGUCUACUAUAGCCCUACCGAGAAGACGUUUGAAGAAAUUGACGGGAACGAGGCUCAUAAUUUAUAUAGCACAUAUUGCAGUGAAUUAGUUCGAUAUCGGAAUAGUCUGUAUUUCCCUGUGCAGGCGGAGACUCGUUCGAUAUCUUGA